AUGGAUCUUCUAUUAGUCUUACCUGGAUUUGAAACAAAGCACUUCGCACAUAUCCUACCUCCCCUGGAGCGAGCUAAAGUCACCACCGUCGACGUCAUCACUCUUGACUCACUCGAGAUCGCGAAACGUGCCCGUGUACCUCCCGCAGAUGUUCGCCGGCUCUCCUCCUCUAUUGUCGAGGCAUUGCAUACCGAUAUUGGCUUUGAAAAGCCACAUACAAACACAGGGACCAGCGAUGAGCCUAGCUCUAGUAUAAACCCUGAUGCGGCGAGGACACUCAGCUCCUCGACGAAACGCGCGUUGCAAUGGAACACUAUAAGCACCCUUGACCCCACGAUGGAUGCACUGCUAGGAGGCGGGAUUCCAACGGGGUAUGUCACAGAAAUUACAGGCGAGAGUGGAAGCGGCAAGACCCAGUUCCUUCUCAGCCUAUGUCUAGCCGUCCAGCUACCCAAACCACAGGGGCUACGACGGCGUGCCAUGUACAUAUCGACAGAACAUCCAUUAUCUACGCCCCGACUUUCACAGCUCCUAGAAUGCCAUCCUGUCCUCUCAGCACUCCCGGCCGAGCAGGCGCCCUCGCUACAGAAUAUACUGUCCGUCAACGCCAUGGACCUGGAGAUGCAAGAUCAUAUCUUGAAUUUCCAACUUCCCGUCGCGAUCGAACGUUAUGACAUCGGCCUAGUCAUCAUCGAUUCAAUAACAUCCAAUUACCGCGCUGAACACGAAUCGAACAGCAUGCAAGCCCUCGCCAAGCGAUCAACCGAGCUCGCAAAACUAGGCCAUCUACUGCGCAAUCUCGCCGUAAAGGAAGACGUCGCUAUCGUGCUCUCGAACCAAGUCUACGACCGUUUCGAGCCUAUAAAAAGCAGCCAGUCAACCCCACGCGCAGGGUUUCCAUCCAUACCAAGUCAAACGGCAGGACGUGGAUCCGGCCCUGCCUCCCCCUUCCCGAAGUCUCGCACUGAACAGCUAGCUACUGGAAAUAGCCAGCAGCCGCCAUCCUCUACCCCUGCUAUUUCCUCAUCGCCAUAUCACGCACCACAUGAUAAAUACUUCGACGGCUCGUACCUGAUUGCUCCUCGAGCACACAGUAGCUUGUUGAACGUCGCUCACCAGGAGCGCUUCCACUCUGGCUGGGGAGAUGGCGCAUACCCGGAGACUGGACCACUGAAGAAUCCAGCCCUAGGACUCGUCUGGUCAACGCAGAUCGCCUGUCGAAUCGCACUGAAAAAGGAAGAGUCUUUCACUGUAGGCGUUUCUAUGGGUGACGAUGCAUCCACACAGGAAUCUCAAUUCCAAGAUGGAGUCAAUGGCAACACCUCUCGAGACCCGGACUCAUUAGCAAUGCCUGCUCCCUAUCGCAAGAACCAAAUCUCUAAUUCGCAGAACUACCAGCCCAACCCAGGCUCUGAAUCCACCACACGGAGGACUAUGAAACUUGUGUUCUCACCAUGGACGGCAGGGCCGAAGGAUACACCGAGAAAGGGCCAACCGAAUAGAAGAAAUGGCGAGGUAGAGUUUGAAAUCUGGAAAGGUGGCGUGAGAAGUACGUGUCGUGGUGAAUGA